ACAACACCGAAUCCAACAACCACAACAGCAACAACCACAACAGCCGCACCAACAACCAUGACUGCAGCUCCAACAACCACAACAGCCGCAACAACAUCCACUACUGCAUCUCCCACAACCACAACAGCGGCACCAACAACCACAACAGCAGCACAAACAACCACAACAGCAUCACCAACAACCACAUCAGCGUCAGCAACCACCACAACAGCAGCACCAACAACCACAGCUGCAGCUCCAACAACCACAACACCGGCUCAAACAACCACAACAGCAACAACCACAACAGCCGCACCAACGAUGAUGAUUGCAGCUCCAACAACGACAACAGCAGCAACAACAACCACGACUGCAGUUCCAACAACCACAACAGCCGCAGCAACAACCACGACUGCAUCUCCAACAACCACAACAGCCGCACCAACAUCCACAACAGCCGAGGCAACAACCACGACUGCAGCUCCAACAACAACAACACCGACUCCAACAACCACAACAACAACCACAACAGCCGCAACAACAUCCACUACUGCAUCUCCCACAACCACAACAGCGGCACCAACAACCACAACAGCAGCACAAACAACCACAACAGCAACAACCACAACAGCCGAGGCAACAACCACGACUGCAUCUCCAACAACCACAACACCGACUCCAACAACCACAACAGCAACAACCACAACAGCCGCACCAACAACUACAACUGCAGCUUCAACAACAACAACACCGACUCCAACAACCACAACAGCAACAGCAACAACCACGACUGCAGCUCCAACAACCACAACACCCACAGCAAAAACUACAACUGCAGCUCCAAUAACAACAACACCGACUCCAACAACCACAUCCGCGUCAGCAACCACCACAACAGCAGCACCAACAACCACAACAGCCGAGGCAACAACCACAACUGCAUCUCCCACAACCACAACAGCGGCACCAACAACCACAACAGCAGCACAAACAACCACAACAGCAUCACCAACAACCACAACAGCCGAGGCAACAGCCACGACUGCAUCUCCAACAACCACAACACCGACUCCAACAACCACAACAGCAACAACCACAACAGCCGCACCAACAACCACGACUGCAGCUCCAACAACCACAACACCCACAGCAAAAACUACAACUGCAGCUCCAAUAACAACAACACCGACUCCAACAACCACAACAGCAACAGCAACCACCACAACAGCAGCACCAACAACCACAACAGCCGAGGCAACAACCACAACUGCAUCUCCCACAACCACAACAGCGGCACCAACAACCACAACAGCCGAGGCAACAACCACGACUGCAUCUCCAACAACCACAACACCGGCUCCAACAACCACAACAGCGGCACCAACAACCACAACAGCAGCACAAACAACCACAACAGCAUCAACAACAACC